AUGAGAUCACAAUGUUCUUCAUCUUCUUCUUCCUUUUCCACUGCACAGCUCUCACCCUUCUCUUUAGUUCCUCAUCGCGAGACCCACAGUCACAAGUCCUGGAUCUCGUCACUCUGCUUUCUCUGCUUCUCGCUGGGGAUCAUUUGGGCGAUAAGGUAUAAAAGCAACACGGAGGAGCACCUGGAGAAGUUGUUGGAGAAAGAAAAUGAGGAUAAGAACCUACUAGAAAAGUGCAUUGAGGAGCUGAAGAAGAAGGGAUUGGAGUUCGAUUUGUUGAAGGAGGUCGACGCACUGAGGAGGGCCAAGAGUUUGAGAGUCGAAGCGAAGGUGGUGAGGAAGUGGAAUGCAAGGGAUUUUGUGACUCUGUUUUUCUUCAUUGUGUCUUGCUUUGUGAUCAUUGUCACCAGAGUUUGCUUGCUCGUCAGAAAGAGAGCAAAAUAG